AUGUCGAAGUUAGCAAUUGAAGCUAGCUCUGAGGACGAUCAAUACGACGUAGCCACGAAAAUAGUCUGUCUUGAAUGUGGUGUCGACAAAGUGGAAGACUGCCCACCUAAAGCAGCUGAAGUUGUCGACAAACUGAUGAAGGCACCCACUUUCUCCCGGAAGGAAGAGGUGAAGGCUUGGGAACAAGAGCUUGUUCCAUGCGAGCAUACCAUAGGCCUACAGCAGGGCUCCAACCAGGGUAUUCGAAUCAGAGAACCAUCCAAGUGCUACGGAUGUGACCUACAGGAGAACCUUUGGCUCUGUCUGGAAUGCGGUACCGUUGGCUGCGGACGAGCACAGUUUGGCGGCAUAGGAGGUAACUCCCACGCUCUUGCUCAUUCAAAUGAAAAAUCGCAUGGCGUGGCCGUCAAACUUCGAUCCAUUACCCCCGAGGGUUCUGCGGAUAUCUACUGCUAUACAUGUAAUGAUGAGAGGACAGACCCGGAACUGGCACAGCACCUAUCCCACUGGGGAAUCAAUAUUGCGGAGCAGGAGAAGACUGAGAAAAGCUUAACCGAGCUCCAAAUUGAGCAAAACCUGAAAUGGGACUUCUCAAUGACUUCUAAUGAUGGACAAGUAUUGAACCCAGUCUUUGGACCUGAGCUUACUGGACUUAAAAACCUCGGAAACAGCUGUUACAUUGCCAGCGUCUUACAAUGCCUAUUCUCAUUACCGGAAUUCAAGGCUCGCUACUUCAAGCCCAAUGAAGAGCCUCCAUCUUCCUCUGCUCCAGCGGAGGACCUUGAGACUCAGCUAAGGAAAAUAGCUGAUGGUCUCCUUUCUGGGCGUUACUCUGUGCCAGACCCAGCGGCAGCUGGUAGUACCUCGGACGUUGUCUACCAGCGUGGACUCUUGCCAUCCAUGUUCAAACACUUGAUUGGCCGAGGCCAUCCUGAAUUCUCAACCAUGCGCCAGCAGGAUGCAUUCGAACUACUACUGCACCUUUUCAAGAUUAUCAGCGGAUCUCCACACUCUGCUUCUGAUCCGAAUCCGGUAGAAUCAUUCAGAUUCGCUGUUGAGCAACGAUUGCAAUGUACAUCAUGCAAAAAGGUGCGGUACAAGGUCGAUGAGCAGGACAAUAUCUCAGUUGAGGUUCCUGCAAUCCGACUCAAUCAUUUUAUGCCAGGGCCUGGAACGGAUCAGAAGUGGGAAACAGUACCUCUUAAAAAUUGUAUUGAUCUGUUCACAAGGGAAGAACAUGUCGAAUUGACUUGUUCGGGCUGCGGAAACAAACAAUUCUCCAAACAGACGCUGUUCAAAACACUCCCACAGAAUCUCAUUGUUAAUGCACGACGAUGGGAGGUAGUGAACUACGUGCCUAUGAAGCUCGACAUACCCGUGGUGGUUGGUAAUGAGCCACUGGAUCUGACCCAGUAUCUCUCAAAAGGCAAACAGGAAGAUGAAGAGGUCCUGGAGGACGAACCUGAAAGCGCUGUCCCUGAAUUUGCACCGAACUCGGAUGCCUUUGCUGCUCUAUGCGGUAUGGGCUUCCCCGAGAAUAGGGUGAAGAAGGGACUGUUCAAUACUGGUAACUCGGACCAGGAGGCAGCUUUGAACUGGAUCCUCGCUCAUAUGGAUGAUCCAGACAUCGACCAGCCCCUGGUAACCGGCGCGGGCUCUGCUUCUGGCGCCCAGAAACCUGCCGACGGAGAUGAUAAGAUCAACCAGCUAGCUGACAUGGGUAUUGAGAGAGAUAGGGCUGAGAAGGCACUUGGGGCCACAGACUGGGACGUGACGAGAGCUUUGGACUGGGUCUUUAGCCAUCCCGAUGAACCUCUUGAGCCGAAUCCUACGGCAGCCACAAACAGCUCGGGCCCAUCAGGCAGCAUCCCAGGAUCCAGCGAGAAGCCAGCCUUGUUCGAACUGCAAUCCAUCGUCUGCCACAAAGGCACCUCGGUUCAUGCAGGUCACUACGUUGCUUUUAUCCGCAAGCAGGUCCCACCAGAGAAGGAACCGAAGUGGAUUCUUUUCAACGAUGAGAAAGUCGUUGCCGAAGCUGGUGACAUCAAAGAGAUGAAACAGUUUGCGUACAUAUACAUAUUCCGUCGUGUGUAA